AUGAAGCUUCUGACCGACAAACAACGUGAAGACCACGCAGCUGCCUCCCGCAAAGGUGCCCUCGAAGGUACCCUUGCAAGUGGGGCGGUCGCCCUAGCAGGUUCUCUGUGGGCAAAUAAAAGAUGGCCUGCUUAUCGCAGACUACCUCUUUCCCUGAAAACCCUUGGCGUUAUCAUUAUUGUCGCACCAUGCUUGUCAAUUCAAGCUGAACGUCGCGGGCUCGAGUACGAGCGGUCUCAAUGGGAAGGCGAAGGUCUCCGCAUUCUCGAUGAGAAAGAGAUCCAGGCGAUCAAGAGAUGGGAUGCAAUGUCCCUGAGCCAAAAGAUUGGCGACUGGUCCUUCCGUCAUCAAUACAGCCUCAUCAUGGGUGGAUGGGCAGGCAGUCUUGCCAUCGCAGGAGCCAUAAUCUCCCGUCAAAAAUAUCAAACCUACCCACAGAAGAUCGUUCAAGCUCGUAUGUGGGCUCAGGGAUUGACCAUUGGUCUUCUAAUUGUGGCUGGAGCACUUACACAAUCCAAACGAGCCGCUUUCUCCAAAGAAAGUCAGAACGACCACUCAUGGAAGGAUGUGCUGGAUCAGCAAGAGCGAGAUCGUCAACAGGAAGCAGCUCUAUUAGCUGCAUCUCGUAACCCUGCGGCAGUUGCUGCUUAA